AUGGUGCCGCGACCCGGGAGUACUACUUCGAAUGACGGGCCAACGAUCCAAGUGGCAUCGGAGGCAGUCCACGGGGCCAGCGACGACCAGGAGGGCUACGAAGAACAGUUUGCCGUUCCCGAUGCGGCUCCCGUCGAGGGAGCAGCGAAGGGCCGCGACGCAAGUCGCGGUCCUACCAGUCGGAAGCCUGCAAAGGCCGACGACCAACAACAACCCACCGCCAAGGCAGCCACGAAGCGCAAGUCGCCCAAGAGGAAGAAAAAGAAGCUGCGCGCGCCGGACUCGGCGGAGGAGUCGCUGUCCAAGCCGCAAGGCAAGGACACGGGACGUCAGUACACCGUCGAGGAGGUACGGCCCGUCGUGGCGCCGGACUUCGAUAGACUCACCAGCGUUGCCCACGCCGCGCCGACUCUCUUCCAGAUGCUGCGUGACUCGGGGUUCGUGCUGGGGGCUUUCGAGAUGGAGAGGCUGUGCGAUUGGGACCUCAAAUCUUGGUUACGUGCGAUUCGCGUCGUGCAGGAGCCCUUGACGAUUCUCGCCGGACCCGUCAAACAAGACGCGACGAGUUCCGCGACGGGCCAAGACGCGCCGAGCCCCUCGGCGGGUCCAGCCCAGACUUCGACGACCACGCCCUCGCCUCCACCUCGAUACCAAUCGAGCGUGGACUCCGACAGCAGUUUCGAGUCGCCCAAGCGCAUGCCCAUGAACCGGCCGCCGCGCGUCAUGCAGCUAUCCGCGGCGCCCACACGCACAGAGGUGACGAAACCCGCCGAGGAGGUGCUUCCCAAGGCCUUGAGAGAAUCUAUCAUCAAGCUGAUGCAGACGACAGUGAUGAACACCCCGCGCGCCGACACGGCCGCAAUUCCGACGGGGCCGAAGCCGCCCGCGAAUCCCACACCCACGGUGGCUCGCCCCCAGGAGGCAGCGGAUGUCGCCAUGGAGUCGGUCAGUUCGCGUUCUUCGACGAGGUCCAGAACUCGACGCGACGCGGACGACCCCGAUGACCUGUUCGACUUGGACAUCGGAGUGCCAAGAACCACGGCCGCCGUCUCGACGGCGACAGCCGGCGGCGUAGCCCUCGCCCGCGUACGCCUCUCAGCAUCUUCCAAGCUGAAAGAGUUCUCGGGACGGGACGCCAGCGAAGAGAAAGCCAGACUGUGGCUCAACCGUCUGAAGUCCGCCGCGCGGCGCGACGGGAUGGCGGGCGAAGAAGUGUGCGGGCAGUUCAGCGAUCUAAUGAGCGGCCCUGCGCGCCAAUGGUAUCUCCAGUUGCCCAGGAAGGUCAAGAAAUCAUGGACCGAGCUGAUGGAGCAAUUCCGGGUGCAGUACUGCGGCAAGGGCGUAUCAAUGGCCAGUCGCUACUACCAUGCGGCUCAGCGACCCGACGAGACCCCUCUGGAUUACUUGUACCGGCUCAACGUCGCGGGCUUGAGGGCCAACAUCCCAUACGCCGAGGGCACGACUGAAAAGAAGCGCGAACACGCCGAGCAUUUCAUCCGGACGGUGGACACGCAGGAGGCCGAACUCGCCUCGCGUCUCACGCUGAUGGAGGUCGCCGACUCCGAGGCGCUGGAGAAGAAGCUGCAAAAAGACUUCCUUCGGCUCGAACAAGUUCCGCCAAAGGCGCCGACCCCGCCGACUCAGCCGGCGCGCGCCGUGCAUGCGAUUCACUUCGCGUCGGACGAGUACGACUUGGAACGCGAAAGUCGCGACAGCGACGAUCGCCAGUACGACCAAGACGAGGCGGACGAAGAACGCGCCAAGUUGUUCGUCGCGGGACAGGCCCCGCCGGAAGAGCCGGCGCGUCGUAACUUCGAUCCCGACGACUCGGGACGCGACCGCCCGCGGUGCCGCCACUGUGGUUCACGUCGCCAUGUCGAAGGAGACUGCUGGAAGUUGUUGACGUGUCAGAAGUGUGGUGGCCAGCACCCGACGGAGCGAUGCUUGAGGAUGUGCAAGGCCUGCGGUGACGUGCACGAAGCCGGAGAAUGCCCGAUGGAGGAGUUCUUCAACCAAUUGCGCCAGUGGUUUGACCCGAAUAAACACGCGGGAAUGCUGCCGCCGGCCGCCGAGAAGAUGUUAAACUAG